AUGUCACAAACCGACGAAGAUUUGGAAGACUUACCAUUAGAUGCAGAAGGUAGGGAGAAAAAGAAACGUGAUAAAAAAGAAAACGACGAAGCAAAAGUGGAAGAGACAGGUAAGGAAAGUGAAGGUGAAAAAUCUAACGAUGCGCCCAACGAAGACGGUGACGAAGAAAGGAACGGGGUAUUGGAGGAGGAGGAAGAGAAAUUAAUAAGAAUAGAGAAGCUGUCUCUCGAUGAAGAAGAAAUUGGGGAGGAGGAGGAAGUCGAGAAGCAUGAGCAAUCUGUUCAGGAAGAAGAAAUAGAGGAAGAGGAGCCUAACUAUUAUAAUCCAGAUGAUUUUCUCUCGGGGCCUCAUCUAAGCGAAAGUGGCACUUUACCGAUGGAUAUUUUACAAUUUGAUCCCGAUGGUGAAUUGCUGGUAUCGCAAAGCGGUGAACCAGAUUUCCUGAUCACCGUGUGGAACUGGCGCGAGCACAAAAUCCUGUUAAGGAGUAAAUCGUACGUGCAUGAAGUAUUCCGGGUAAAAUUUUCACCAUACGUCACCGGCCAGAUAACCAGCUGCGGUCUCUCCCACAUAAAGUUUUGGAAAAUGGCUAGGACCUUCACAGGUUUAAAAUUGAAAGGUGAGUUGGGUAGAUUCGGAAAGACAGAGUAUUCAGAUAUUUUGGGAGUGCUACCAAUGCCAGAUGAAAAGGUAAUAUCUGGAUGUUCUUGGGGUAAUAUGCUAGUCUGGGAUGCAGGCCUGAUAAUCCUGGAGGUAUUCAGGACGUCGAGGAGAACGUGUCACGACGCCCCCAUCGUCCAGUUGUACUACGACGAGAAGGAAGGUGAGUUAUGGUCGGUCUCUAUGGAUGGUCAUGUGCGUAUUUGGUGGUAUGAGAAAAUAGACCAAGCCGAUCCUCCAGACGACGAUAGAAUUGUUCAGAUCGACCCGUCGUAUGACUUUUAUACCCCGGGACUGAUGCUGAUGUGCAUCGAGAAGAGGCGACCCCAGGACCCCCUUGACAGUUUCCAAUAUGCACAAGAUGGAAAUGGCGGCAUAUGGUUGAUCGACCUGAACACGGAGAGUGAGCCAAAACCGUCGGUCCAACUCUACAAAUGCCACGCAGGGGAGAUUGUAGACAUCGCAGCUUGUCCCUUCGACAACUACAUAGCUUCCUUGGGCAAAGAUGGCAGAAUUUUUAUUUAUAACUACGUGAAGAGAGUGCGUGCCGUCGAGUUCGAUUUUCCCGCUAAGGGAACUUGCAUGCUUUGGUUAUCAACAAAGAUUGUACGCUCAGGAGACAUUAUAAUAUGCGGAUUCGACGAUGGUCAACUACGAGUCAGUUUAGUGCAUAUAGCUGAUGUAAAUCACUGCUCAUUGCAUGUUAUACAGGUAAUUAAACCACACAAUAGGCCAGUAACCAAAAUAUCGGUAAAUCCAUCAGGCUCUAUCCUUGUAAGCGGGUCAGAGAAUAAAACCAUUUUCGUCUUCAAAUUGAACAUUGGCGAAGAGACAUUUACUUUAAUCCCAAUAGGUUUUUUCCCAACUCCUGAUGUUGUCACUUGCAUAACGUGGCAUUUAACCGAUGAUUUAACAGUACUGGUAGGUUGCAUGCAGGGUUAUAUGAUGGAAGCAGAACUGCCUUGUGACAGAGUUAAUUAUACAUCCAAGUCUUACUUGUUAAAUCUUGAGCCAAGAUAUAAUCGCUUUUCAACAUACAAGUCCCAAAUUCGAAGAAAUAAGAAAAUAAAACAAAUUGAAGCAAAAAAAGCGAAAAAGCUAAAAAAGAAACUGUCAGAACUAAAAAAAGUUAAAGAGGAAAACCCAGGUCUAGAAAUAGAUGAAGAUGCAUUUUUGGCCGAUUCAGAGUCUGAAGAGGAGCUAGAACCUUUAUUUAUUCCCGAAACACCUAACCAAAUUUUGUGGCUGAUGUACACCAACAAUAAUACUAUUUGGUUAUCAAUGGCUGGGUAUGAUGCUGGUUACAUAUAUGAAUAUUUAAUCAAUCAGAAAAGUGGUACCCCACAAAGAUACAAGAUGGUCAAUGAUGCAGAUGAUGUUGAAAUCAGUAGUUAUGUAUAUUGCCACAAUAUGAAAUAUUUAAUAUUUGCGAUGCAAGACGGUUCAAUAAGGAUAAACAGAGUAAAAAAUGAUUUCCGUGAUCUUUCCGACUAUUGGAUUCUCCCUAUGCAUGACAACCAAAAUGGCUACAUACCUAAAAUGUGCUUCGGUCAUAAUGAAAGAUUCUUCUUUAGCUGUGGAUAUGACGGCAACUUAUUUGCGUACAAGUUUCGACCCGAAACAGGAUACGAGUAUCCACAUUACAUAGAACCAGACGUUUGUGGUUUAAUUGAAGUGUGUGUUAGAGAUAUAGACACUUACACAAAACUAAGCCUGGAAGAAAUGAAGAUUAAAGCUGAAAAUGACAGAGUCCAAAAACUGGCAAACGAACAUAAGGCCCAAAUAAGAGAAAUACUUAAAAAUUUGAAAGAGCGAUAUGCCAAAAUGUUGCUAAGGAACUCGAAGCUAUUGCCCAGCCAAAUCAUACCCAAGGAGGAAUUAGAAUUAGACAAAAGAGUCACGGAAGAAGUAGACAAUAAGUUACAAAGUAGACUGCAGCUGGUAAAGAGGAAACUGGCUUACGAUGUAGAAAAAUCAGAAAUUCAAAUGAAGAAGCUGUUAGAAUACUUCAUAGACCCUGUGGAUAAAGUUCCCAAUACCGUGAGAGCAAUAAAUAAUCCAGACCUUUAUGUCAUGGGCCUAAGACAAAGAGUGAUGACGAAGGAAUUUUGGGACAUAAUGGGCAUAAUUGAUGAAAAAUUGAUCGAGGAACAGUUGAAAGGCAGGUCAAUAUACUCUCUGUGUAGACCUCCAGAGAGAGUCCAGCCUUCACCAAAAUCUCCACCUCCAAAGCCAGCGAAAUCAUCGGGUUUAGAAUAUUUCUUGUUAAGUUUAUCACCGUCAGUUCUAGAACGCAAUUUGGACACAAAACUCAAUAGGAUGUUAGAGAAAUACCGACAACGAAAAGCAAAAUGGGAAAAACGUACAGAAUUGUGGGCAGAUUUCACGGCAAAGAAACCUAUCCCGGGGAAAAAUCAUCCUGAUGAUGAAAAACUUCUUAAUGAAGCAAAAAAUACUAUUGGAGAUUAUAAACUCAAAGAAAGUGAUGAUUACAAAGUACCCAGGCACAUGAGAGAAACAACUGUAACAAAGUAUAAAGAACUUUUGGAUGCUAGUUUAAAGUUAUACGAAUUCAUGCACGAAUUUAUUCAAUCAGUUUGUGAAUUAAGAGAUGAAAAAUAUGUAAUUAGAGAUCGUUUACUAGAUAAACAAAAUGAGAUACUUAAAAUGCAGGAAGAAAUGCCAAAACAAAUGCAUAAGAAAGGACCUAGUAUUCCGGAGAUUGAUGAAUCCGAAUUUCCUGAAAAAAAAUUAACACCUGCAGUCAUUUUACCCACUGAACUAACGGAAGGUACAGAAAUGGAAGCAAAUAGAGAAAUAAUUCAGGACCCAAGUGAAGAUCAAAACGAGAGGGAAUUUUUACCUCAUCGAAUAAAUUUCCCAUUAUUUGAAGGAGGGAUAUUUCAAAGUACAUAUAAUCAUGAAAUGAUUGAAAACAGUUUAGAAUUAGAUUUGAACACCUUAUUAACAUCUGAUACUAAUGAUACAACUCUGGAAAUGGAUUUACGUAUAAGAAGACUCAACAGGAAAAUGUUUCAUCAAGACUGCAUUUUAAAUUUGAUGGAACAAGAAAUAUUAGACUUUAAUAACAAGAUCAAAGAAACAAAAAAAAGUAGGCUUCCCCUACUAGUAGGCGAAAAUUUCCGUGAACUCCACCUACUAACUUUAAAUCACGAAUUGAACAUUCUGAAGCAUAGUGAAGACAAUGAAGAACGUCUUGUGAAUAAAGUCAACAAUAAUUUGCAAUCAUUCCUUCAAAUGGAAGAUAUAAUAGACAGCUUGAAGAAUGACAAAGAAGAACUUGAAUUCAGUAUUGUAAACUACCACGCUGAGGAAAAUAAGAUUCAGGAGCACUUCAGGCAUGCUACAGAUAGCAAUAAAUUUUACGAUUUUCUGAGGAAAGUUUUUAAAAAGAAGUUUAAACCCCCGAAGCAGCCGAAAACAGAUGAUGAAAGUUCUUCUUCAUCCUCCUCAUCAUCUUCAAGUUCAGAAGAUAUGGACGAUGCAGCCAGCUUGGAUUCUAGAGAUUUCGGUAUCAUUAAACAAGAUCUAAAUGUAUGCCCCAAAGGAUGCGAACAAACUAUAUUCAAUCUUACUCUAGAAUUGCGUGGACAAAGGCAUCAAGUAGAACAAAUUGUGGCAGACGAAAAUAAGCGAUUAGAGACUGUGAAAAAAACUAUAGAAUUAAACACAAAGAAAUUUAAUGUCUUGAGGAAUCAGUUGGAGAUUAGCCGCACAGAAUUAGAAAUAUUUCAAAGAGAAAAGCAAAGGCAAUUGAAUCAAGUAAUAUGCACAGUAGUUUUGAACUUGAACCAAAUGUAUGGAUUUGAUCCUGAAAAAACAGAGAUAUCAGACUUACUGGUUUUUUCCAAAAGUAAGCUAACAUCUUUAUACAAAAGAGUAACAAUUUUACAACAGGAAACUUUGGAACAAACAGGAAAACUGGAUGCUUAUCACAAUCAUUAUUCGAGAAUGAAAAAGGACAUCCAGUACAUGAAAAAGAAAAUUAUGAAUUUAAAAAGCGACAUUGUCUACACCAUGCAAAUAAAAUUUGGAAAGGUAAUCGAUAUUAAUGAAAUCGAGGAGGCUAUAAUAAAAAAAUCAUUCCAAAAGUCACAAGUUAAUGAAUUAGAGGAGGUGAUGUUGAAGAGAAUGGUUUUUGAUAUGCGAAUGAAGGCAACAGAUAUUAAGGAAAUAUAUGCCAAAGAAAUUAGUAUAUGGAUAGACAAAAUAUCUGCAGCUCAAAACGAAGUUACCGUAAUGAUUAAAGAAAAUACAAACAAACUCGAAUUGUUUAGGGUGUUGACUAAAGAGAAGCAAGAGCUCGUAGAAAUUAUAGAUAAUCAGCCCAAGAAAGAAGAAUUCCUUAAUAGGAAUCAAAAAACAUAUCAACAAUUUCUAUUGGACAUUGAAAAAUUAGAGGGUCUACUAAAACAACAGAACAAGCAAUUACAAGAACUUAAGAGCGAAAUAAAAAUGUUGAAAACCAAAGGACUGCCACCCAAAGUUGCAGUAAGGGAAGAAGUGAAAGAGGAUACAGAAUUGGUGGAAUAUGAUAAAUAUAUAUCAAUCGAUAUAGCCCCGAUGGAAAUUUUUACCACAGAAAUAAACAUGCCAACAUUUUACCCAACAGAAAGUGAAGAUAUAGUCACCGAUCUUAUGCAGAAACUUACUGUAAAUGUAGAUACAAAAGCUUCUAAAUUUUCUUCCACGGAAAAUAUGGUAAAAGAUAUCCUGUAUGGCAUUUUAAAUUGUACCAGUGUUACAGAGAUAAUUCAAGAGAUAUUAAACAGAAUUCCUUUCGAACCAACCGAGGAACAACAAGAUGCGAUUAAAUCAUCCGCGGAAAAGCUAUUUGAAAUCCAAGAGGUUAGCGAUGAAAGUUUCAUAAAAUGCCCUAGAGAGUACAUAGAAGAGAUAGUAGACGAAGUGAUGUUGACGCAGAAAAAGCCACACGAAGUAAUCGCUCGAAUGAUAGAAAAAUUACUUGAUGCUGUACCCUAUGACGCUUUAAUGGAGGAAAAGUCACUGGAGAUAAUCUGUCAGAAAAUAGAAGACGGUAUCGAGAAAGAGGAGUUAGAGCCCGAGGAACUGAAGAAGUCUGUGGAGAGUAUUCCAAGUUAUUACAAAGAACAAAUGGAGGAAAUAUUAAAUGUCAUUCUAGAGAGGGUGUUUAGUAGUGGAAUUGAUUAUUUAUAUGUAAUGAAGUUUUAGAAUUUCGAAUAUUAAUGGAAAUAAAUGUAAUAUAUGGUUUAAAAAAA